AGUUUGCAGUAAUCUCUCAUCCAGGAGCCUGUUCCACUCAGGGAUAUUUGGAUUUUUCAGCCUGGAUGCUGUAGCUCGGGGUUUGGCUCUCUCUCUCUGUGACUUCCCUGCCUCUGUUCGAGGACGCUGCAUGUCUGGCAUCCAGACAUGGGCCCCUCGUUUCACUCUAGGAUUACUGUCUGCCUGGUCCUCACCUUGGCUCAGGUGAUCUUCGUGACGUGCCAAGAAGAUAGCAAGAAUGACACCUGCACAGAAAAUGGAAAAAUCUACGCUAACAACGACAUGUGGAACCCGGAGCCAUGUCGGAUCUGUGUGUGUGAUAACGGGAAAGCUGUGUGUGAAGAGGUGAUUUGUGAGGACCUCGGCGACUGUGACAAAACUGUGACCCCAGAGGGCGAGUGCUGCCCCGUGUGCCUAACUCCAGGCUCAACAUCCAAGCCCAAAACUGAACCCCUCAUUGUCUCAGCAGCAGAUGAGUCUCCAGGUGAGAGCUGCACGGUGGAUGAGCAGGUCUACAAACACAACGACAUCUGGAAGCCGGAGCCGUGCAGCGUGUGUGUCUGUGAUAACGGUGUGGCGAUCUGUGAUGAGGUUCAGUGUGAGCUGAUAUCAAACUGUGAGAAAGUGGUCACACCUGAGGGAGAGUGCUGCCCUGUUUGUGAAAACUUUGCCAGUGCAGGCAGGAUGAUAGGGACAGAAGGGGGAACCAGGUGGUUGGACUCCCUGGACCGUCUGGACCUGCUGUGA